GUAUUGGACUAGCCAGGUGUGGUCUUCGUUGUAGCAGUUUAGCAUCUCAUUACAUUGCUGUUAAUCCGGACAUUAGCGACUGAUGUAGCCGUCUAAGUCCGGUUCAGAUGCAUAUUGUGGCUGAUAUCAGCCAGAGCCAUUCGCAUCUGGGUAGGGAUUUCAGCGUCAGCCAGUGGCUGACGAGAUACCAUAUACACCACGAUCUGUGGCAUAUAAAUACCUCCGUGACUUCUCAAUACUUUGAAGACUCAUAACAGUACCAGCGAUACACCAGGCAUCAAAAUGACCACAUUCCAGAAAGUCGCCCUGCUGGGCAAAGGAGCCCUGGGCUCAGUCCUCCUUACUGAACUUAUCAAAGCCCAAUAUACCGUAACAGUCCUCACCCGAUCGGUGAUCUCGCUAGGAGACCUACCAGCCGGCGCCACAGCCAGACAGGUCGACUACGCCUCCGUCUCAAGCCUGACAACCGCCCUACAAGGACACGACAUCGUCAUCUCAACCGUCUCGCCAUCCGCAGUCCCGCUCCAAAAGCCAGCCAUCGACGCAGCAAUCCAGGUGGGCGUGAAACGAUUCAUCCCCGCCGAGUUCGGCGCUAUGACGUCCGACCCAGAGGGGAAGAAACCCCCCUUCCAUGCGCCGACCGUGGAGAUCCACGAGUAUCUAGCCAGUAAGGCGGAUGCGGGUGAGAUCGAGUAUACGGUCUUUGCAGUUGGUGGGUUCUUGGAGAUGCUGUUCACUAUGCCGCUUGUGGUUGAUUUCGAGAAGCGUGCUGUUGCGCUGCAUGAUGGGGGUGUUCAUGGGUUUAGUGUUAGUCGGUUGAGUACGGUGGCCAAGGCGGUUGUUGCGUCAUUGGGAAAGGCUGAGGAGACGAGGAACCGUCUUGUUCGGGUUCAUGAUACGGUUCUCUCGCAGCGCAAGGUGUAUGAUAUUGUGAGGAAGUGGACGCCUGGGGAGACGUGGACGGAGACGGAGGUGGAUGCUGAAGUUGCCGUUCAGAGUCUUCUGGGACAGCUGCAGAACGGGUUUAACCCGGAUCUUGUUCCGGCGCUGUUCGUUGCGGCGUUUCUGAGUGGGAAGUAUGGCAGUGAGUAUAACGAUGUGGAUAAUGAGCUGCUGGGGCUGGGGUUAAUGGGUGACAAGGAGGUUGAGGAAUUUGGACUGGCAUUGAGAUAGCAGGAGAAUGCCCGAGUAUGGGACUGUGGUGCGAUGGUCCAAACAAGAGCCAAAUACUGGUUAUUUUUAGCAGUUCGUACUCCUUCAUGGAGAUCCGAUCAGAGGCAUUCAUGAUCCGAUGUUAUUGCAGAUCUCCUUUCUCUUUUCUUUUCUGUUAGAAUACGAGGCCUUCUCUGUUGUAUCAGCU